GUAUCGGUGGACUCGAUCGGAAGAGAAGAAGGAGGAGAGAGAACCACCCCACCAUGUCAUUCAACUCGACCAGAUCAAGACUAAGCUCCGUCAGAAGAGCCUCAAACGCACUCAUCCAACAGAACAGUAACAGAAGAGACAGACUGACCAGACUAGCAUACUCAACCAACAAGCAAUCAUCAUCAUCAUCAAAACAGGAUAAACAGGAUGACAACCUACCCGCCGGUGUAUCCCCUUGGGCUAGAUUCAUGGACGUACUCAAAUCAGAAUACGCCAAGAGUCAAGAGAUACAGGAAAACGUCCGAGAGUUAACGGGAACAGCACAGGGAAUCAAAGACUCCGAGGCAGCACAAAAGAUGAGGAAGGCCUACACAGCCAUGCGCCUAGAGAGUCUGAUCAAGGAGAACCCGCAGUUAGCACGGAUGGCGAAGAGCUUGAGUAGUACGGGCAAAUCGGUCUCAGAGGCGGUCAACAAGGCGGCCAACGAGAUCGAGGAGAGUCGACUGAUUCAGACGGCCCGUCGGGUGACCAAGGAGCUCGACAGGCGGAUCGCCGAGCCUAUCCGUCAGACAGAGGUCUACAAAGUCGUCGAGGAUACCGUCGAUUUCUCGCAGGGCGCGCUCAGAUACGGCGGCUACAUCGAAAAGGAGGAACGGAUUCGGAGGCGCCAGAAACGGCUCGAUCGGCUCGCCAAAGCUAACCCCAACUCGUCUAUCAUAUCUGCCGCCAAGGCUGCUCCUCUACAAAACUCUUCCUCUUCCUCAUCAUCGCCAUCGCCAUCGCCAUCUGCAUCUCCAUCGGAUGCUCCACCAACACCGGAAGAGUCAUCCUCAAGCACAACUGUCGAGGGAUCCCAAAUAGCCGAAAAUCCGAACGCCCCGCCGGCAUUAGUCCUACAUGCGACGGCGAACGAGGAGGCAGCAGAGGACUCCAGCACUAUCGGAUCACGGAUGAAAGGCACACUGACGGGAAGCGGGCUGAGGGAGAUCUGGAAGAAUGUGCAGGAAGGAUAUGCGGAGUCGGAGAACCCAGUGGUCGCCUCGAUCCGCUCGGUCACCGGCUUCCUCCGCAGGAACCUGCUCGACGAAACCGAGACGGCGAAGGUGAUCAGACUCGUUAAGGAGGUCGACCCUGCCUUUAAUUACGAUGCCUUCCUCGCUGAUCUGCGCGAAUUCAUCAUCCCUGAUUUCGUCGACUCCUUCGUCGAUAACGAUCUACAGGCUCUCAAGAUGUGGACCUCAGAGGCCGCUUUUAACGUCACCUCUGCCCCAAUGAAAAUGUAUUUACAAAGAGGACUGCGACCGGCAAACCAGAUCAUCGACUUGAAAGGAAUUGAUAUUCUGUCGGCCAAAGUGUUAGAGGAGCGGGACCUACCGGUGUUCAUAGUAGCAUUCAAGACCCACGAGAUCAACUGUUACAUCAAUCCGGCCAAGCGGGUGUCGGCGAAAAGCAAAUCAUCCAUUGAGGAGGAGAGGGGCGAAUCGGAUGGAUACACGGUCGAGGUGGGCAGUCGGGAAGAGAUCCAGGUGGUGCAGUACGUCGUCGUGCUCACCAAAGACGCCCUGCUCAACGCGUCCACUUCGACCACUAAGGAAGAAGAAGAGGACGAGGAGCUCGUCAAUGAACAGGACGGCCCUUCCAAGCCGCAUCACAAGAAACCUUCUUCCACUGGCUCGUCUGGUCUUGGGCCCAAUCAAUCCGCUAAGGACGCCAAGGAUGCUCCGGAUGAUUCGACUAUCACCGGGGGCUGGAAGAUCAUCGACUUGGCGCGUCGAAGCUCGGUCGCAUUCUUAUGAUCUCUUUCAUCUCUUUCAUCUCUUUCUCUUCACGCAAUCCUCAUAAUAUAAAUAUACCCUCCACUCAGUCUUCUUUUUUUUCCUGUUUGGACUUCAGUAAGGCAGUAGUUUGGUCAUGUUUUAUGAAAUGAAAACGAGGUGUCUUUUGGAA